AUGACCGUCCCCAACGUGGUCACCAAUGUCGAGAUGGAGAUGGCCGAGUCGCAGAACCAGCGCGACGCACGCGUUGAGCUGCUUUGGAAGAAGCUGGACUACAGAGGCACUGGCGAGUUGGACUGGAAAGGAUUACAGAAGGGCCUCAAGAGGAUUGACCAUCCAAUGAAGAAUGCCGAUGAGAUGCUCAAAACAAUCAUCAAGGUUGUGGACAAGAAUGGAGAUGGCAAAAUCCAAUUUGAAGAAUUCCGAAUCUUUGUACAGGCUGCCGAGCGACAGCUGUUCCUUCUUUUUAAAUCUAUUGACCGGGACCAGAACGGCAAGAUUGACAAGGAGGAGCUUCAUCACGCAGUGCAACGUGCUGGGCUGGCAGUGCCAGUGCGCCGGUUGGAUGAGUUCUUUGAGAACAUUGAUCAUAACUGCGAUGGGUUUAUCACGUACGAAGAAUGGCGAAACUUCCUGCUUUUCAUGCCUAAUACCGACUCGACCACCACCCUCCGUGCAGUGUUCACAUUCUACUCCGAUAUCCUCACGCUCAACUCGGAAGGUGACUCGGUAGUCAGCGAGGAAACUCUGCAAGGCCUAGGUACGGAUGUUCUCUACACACUCUUUGGUUCACUCUUGAAACUCGCCUCUCUAUCUGAAUCGUCACCGGAUCAAGAUUCCCCUCCUUCAUCAUUGCCCGGGGAUAUCAAGGAACCAGAAGCAUCACCAGUGAAGGGUAUCCCGUCAACACCUAGUAAUACGGCCAGCAUGGAUUCUGCUGCAGUAAAAGCAUACGCUGAAGUCGGCUCUCAAACGAUCUCAUCUACCAAUGCCUUCUUGGAGGCUGAGCAGGCGAUACAUCCCACGGCACAGGGCAUUGAGAUGGAGACUGGCCUGAGAAUCAAAAGCAAAGAGUCCGUGCUGAUUAGAUACCUCCCCGAUCCAGGCUAUUUCAUUGCCGGUGCUGUGGCGGGAGGCAUUUCUCGUACGGCUACUGCUCCGCUCGAUCGCCUGAAGGUCUACCUUCUCGUAAACACCACGUCGAGCACCAGCAGCGUCCUCGACAUGGUUAAGAAGGGCCAGCCCAUUGUGGCGCUAAAACAUGCCGGCAGACCUCUGCUCACCGCCGUCGCCGAGCUGUAUAAAUCUGGAGGCCUCCGAGGGUUCUUUGCUGGCAAUGGACUCAAUGUGGUUAAGAUCAUGCCUGAGACGGCUAUUAGAUUCGGAGCGUACGAGGCCGCCAAGAAGACCCUCGCAGGUCUCGAGGGCCACGACGACAUGCACCAAAUCAACCCUUACUCUAAAUUCGUUGCGGGCGGCGUCGCAGGCAUGACUGCACAGAUUUGCGUAUACCCUCUUGAUACCCUUAAGUUUCGCCUACAGUCAGAGUAUGUUUCCGGCGGCGCGCGAGGCAACGCUCUUCUCUUCCAGACCGCACGCAAGAUGUUCGCGGAAGGCGGCGUCCGGGCGGCCUACAGGGGCAUGACCAUGGGCCUAAUCGGCAUGUUCCCUUACUCGGCCAUCGACAUGGGGACGUUUGAGAUGCUGAAGACGAACUACGUGGCCUACAGGGCCCGGAGCGACCACGUGCACGAGGAAGACGCGCAGCCGAGCACGUUCGCGACGGGGAUCAUGGGCGCGACGUCGGGCGCCUUCGGGGCCUCGGUCGUGUACCCGCUCAACGUCCUGCGCACUAGGCUGCAGACCCAGGGCACCAGCAUGCACCCGGCGCGCUACACGGGCAUAUGGGACGUGGCGCAAAAGACGGUGCGGAACGAGGGGGUCCGGGGCCUGUACAAGGGCCUGAUGCCGAAUCUCCUCAAAGUCGCACCCGCGCUUAGUAUCACGUGGAUGGUGUACGAGAACACGAAACGGCUUCUGCACUUGAACUAG